AUGUCGCCCACUCCAUCGCCCGGAAACGACGUCUUCCUUAAUGGCCCGUCCAUGCGGCAGCCUGCCUUGUCCUGGCUGUACAGACUGGAAUGCGACAUCGCCAGGGAGGAAAUUAACAUUGGUGCCCCCCACGACGCGGGGAUUUUGCGCAGUGUCGCCAAUAUCCUGGGCGGAAGCAUCAAGGGCCCCGGAAUUGAAGCAACUGUCCUGUCUCUAGGAGGAGCUGACUGGGCCACGGUGAUCAAGGGAACCCACUCGAUGAAGCUCGAUGCGCGGUACACGGCACGCACCUCCGACGGCCACUAUCUCUACAUCCGCGCCCAUGGCCUGUAUCGUCCCGGCCCAGGAACCGAGUACGCGAAGCAAGUCGACCAAGACUGGACACAGCCCCCGAAGGCCGUAGUCACCCAAGACGAUGUGGAAUUUUUCUCGCAUUUGCGCCUGGAGGCGGGACCUGGCCCAUACAACUGGUUAAAUGGGCUGGUAUGCCUUGGCGUGAUGGUCUGCGAAGAUGAGAAGAUAUGGAUUGAUGCGUAUCAUCUCACGAACUUCCCGGGUAUCAAGCCGGAAGAUGUAGUUGCCAAGGCAUGA